AGAUGACAUGAACCACAAGCACAACGAGUGGUUGUGAACUAAAUCGACUGCAGAUUUCAAGAUAAUUCUCACUGCUCCCUCAUACCACUCUGUACCCUCAUAGCUUCAAGGGAGUUCAAGCACACUCAGCUUCCGAUCAAUGGCCACCAUCACAAACUUCGUAGCGAAACCACUUCUAUCUCUGUCUUCUAUCCAAAAAGCCAGCUCUCUUUUCCACCACCACCGCUCCUUCUCAUCCCUAAUCACCAAACUCAAACCUUCAUCAACAAAACCAGAAGCCAAACAUGCCCGCUUCAACAUGACCACAAAGGCCGCGGCCGCCUCGGGAACUAAGAAAGUACAGAGCGAUGAAAGAGUUGUUAAAGUCCACAGCAUGUCGGAAUUCGAUGAAGCCCUCCAAUCGGCAAAGGACAAGCUCGUGGUGGUCGAAUUCGCCGCCAGCCACAGCCCACAGAGCAAGAAAAUGUACCCCUUUAUGGUUGAUCUCAGCCGGACGUGCGCCGACGUGGAGUUCCUGUUGGUGAUGGGAGACGAGAACGAGAAGACCAGGGAGCUGUGCAGGAGGGAGAAGAUCGAGAAGGUUCCGCACUUCAGCUUCUACAAGAGCAUGAAGAAGAUUCACGAGGAGGAAGGCAUCACCGGCGACCAGCUCGUCGGAGACGUGUUGUACUACGGCGACAACCACUCGGCGGUGGUGCAGUUGCAUAACAGAGAGGACGUCGAGACGUUGAUUCAAGAUCACAAGGCUGACCAUAAGCUGAUUGUGCUUGACGUGGGGCUUAAGCAUUGCGGGCCAUGCGUGAAGGUGUAUCCGACGGUGGUUAAGCUGUCGAGGAGGAUGGAGGACACGGUGGUGUUUGCGAGAAUGAACGGCGAUGAGAACGACAGCUGUCUGCAGUUCCUCAAGGACAUGGAGGUGGUGGAGGUGCCGACGUUCUUGUUCAUUAGGGACGGUGAGAUUUGCGGUAGGUAUGUGGGUUCUGGGAAGGGUGAGCUUAUUGGUGAGAUUCUAAGAUACCAAGGAGUGCGCGUCACUUACUGAUGUUUGAAUUAAUUUAGCAAGCUACAUUUGCAAAAUUUGGUCCUCUAGGAAUUGUGACCAUAUACACGAACAGUUUAUGAUGAGUAUUGAGAAUUGAAUAAUUUAGUUAAUGUAGAAGUGUAGAACCUACUAUUCUACUGGCU